UUACCAGGACAAUGGCUGGCAAGAAUCUUCUAACCUUAAGGGCUGAGUUGGAUGAGCAAACAAAAGAGAUCCAGAAAUUACAAAAAGAAGUGGAAAGGGCCACACAGAACACUAUAAAUCAGCUGUCAAUAUCUUACCGGGAGCAAUGCUGUAAGCCUAGCACUGCCAAUAACCAUAAGGCGCCUAGAGAAUCAACUAGAUCAAGUUCGGCAAGAUGCAAUCCAAGUUUGCUCUCAUCAGUCCCACUUCAGGCUUUACUAUUACAAACUUCCCCAAGCGCUGGACAAAGUGUGGACCUAGAGGAGUCUAGCUUACCAGGGAAAUGUAGCCUCAUGCAGGGUACAUGGGAUGGAACUCGCUGUCCUGUUAAUAUACACAGUGACAAGACGCAACGAAGGCUCGAACAAAGCAACCAAAUUCAAGGCCUGCAACAACCUCAUGAAAUGCAGUCAACCAGUGGGGUACAUUUGAAAAUCCAGAAACUGAUGAGAGAGAGAAUAGCAGAGGUGGAUAUGAGACCAAAAUGCUUAAUUAGUCAAGAAGAAGGAAAUAAACUAGACACCAAAGUGCAAGAACUAGAGACUACUAAUGUGGUUCAGGAGGAGAUGCUGAAACAGGCACGAAUUUACACUGAACUUUUGAAAGAGAAAUUACAGAAGCAGGAUCAAAUACUCCAGGACACCAAAAAAGCCAUCUUAAUUUACAAUGAGCAUUCUAACAAGAAAGUAGAAGUCAACUUUGACCUCAGCAACCUUGGGAAAAUUGUGGUCCAAACACUUCAAGAGCUUUCUGACGAGGUGUCUUUUUUCAAAGGAAAAUUUCAGCCUGCAGAAGAUCAGCUUCAUUUGCUGAAAGGCAACUUAAAAGAAAAAGAGGCUUGUAUGAAAAAGUUUCAAGAAAGCUAUGACAAUCUAGUCAAUGAACAUGAACAGGAGAGGGCGCUGUUGGAAGUUGAAAUGAAUUCUGUCACAGGCCAUGCAAAGAGUAUCCAGACUCGCUUGGAAUCAUCUCAGGUUCAGAAUGCAAAGCAUGUGGAACAUAUAGCCGAUCUUCAAUCAAAAAUAUCCCAGCUACAAAGUGACCUGCGAAAUUGUAAAAAAACUUACAAAGACAAGGGGGAAGAACUAAAAAAGCAACUAUCAUCUAUCAGUGGUGCACUAGAAGACCUGCAAAAUAAACAUGCUCAGUGCAAGCAAGACUACGGUGGCCAAAUCCUGCAGUUAACUGAAGCUUUGAACACAUGUGAAAAACAGCUGAGGUUAGAAAAGGAGCGCAACAAGCAAUUACAGGAUCGGGAAAUGGUCAACUGCCUAACCAACGAAAAAUUACAGAGAGAGCUGAUUGAGUGGAGGAUUGAGGCAGAGAGGCUUCAAGCAAUGGUAAAUAUGGUGAUGGAAGACAGUCAGAAGAAGGAAGAACAACAGUUGAGAACUAUCCAGGUGAAAACAGCAAGCCUGAACUGUGCAUCUUCCCAACUGGAGUCCAUUAAAGAUGCUCUGCAGAAAACUUCAGAUGAGUUGGCAGCCAAAAGUCAAUGCUUGGUCCAUGCUGAGAAAAGUUUGGUAGAAACAAGAACCCUUCUGGUUGAAAAGGAUAAGUCAUUACAGAGUGUCCUCGAUGAGCUGAAGAAACUGCGUUUGUAUGCUGAGUCCAAGAAACGUGAGGUCCAGCAAAUGAAAGCAGACAAUGAGAGAAUGACAGAGAUGCAAAGAGAUGCCGACACACUAAAGCUGCUCCUAGUAGAAAAGGAUAACAUGAUAGUAACUCUUCGAGGGCAAAUUGAAGCUAUGACUCAAAUGAUUGGACAACAGAACCAGAAAGUGGAUGCUCUGGAGGCAGAGAAAUCUCAACUUUUAGAUGAAGUAACUGUUAAAAAAUCUGAACUACAGGAUUUACUGUUAAGGGCUGAAAAGAAAGAAAAAAGAAUAGCAAUGCUGGAAAAAUUAUGCACAGGACUGGAACUAGAGAAAAGUAAACUUGCUAACACCAACACAAAGAAGAUUCUGGCUGCCAAGAAGAUGAAAAAGGAAAGAGAUGAAAUUAUGGCUGAGCUUAGAGAAACUCAGAGAGAUCUUGCAAAUUUAGCAGAGGACUAUGAAACCUUGAAAAGAGAAUAUGAGAAUCAGACAGGAGACAAAGGGAACACAGCUACUAUACUCAAGAUGCAACUAAAGGCAGUAAUUGCUGAACUGGAGCAAACAAAAAACACCCUGAAUACUGUGGACGAAUGUGAUGGUCAUGCUGUUAAAAUUGCAACAAGAAUGCAGAAGAAAAUCACUGCCAAGAGGGAGCAGAUUGAUAUGUUACAGAGCAGGGUACAUUAUUUGGAAGAAUCUUUGUCUAAUGCUACAAAGGAAAAACAUAUUCUAAAAGUGGAGAAAAAAAAGUUAAUGCAGGAAUGUCUUCAUGAAGCAUCUGAGAGGCAGAAGCUUUCUGAAGCUGCUGAGAUCCUCAAGACUGAAAAUAAUACCCUUAAAACGAAUGUAACAAGAACAGAAGGUGCCCUGGAAAAGACUAUGUUACAGUUGUCUGAAUGCCAAGCAGUAAUCCAGCUUCUGAAGCAAGAAAUAAUGCGCCUUAGGUUACACCAUACACUGGACUUACAGGAGCUGAAAGGACCUGUGUCGGAUCUACAUGGCAGAUCACUGCAUCUAGGGACUGCAAUGUCCUUGCACCAUUCUAUAGACCUCUCUCAUCCACAGAACAAGAAGCAGACGUUUUUCUGUGAUGUCAUGAAAAUAAGUGAGGAUAAUGUGGAAAAGCCUCUAGAAGAUGUACAUCUUCCUGACAGUUUACCACCCUGUAAAGAUGAGACAGCUUUGAAACUGAGAAAGAGCGCUUACUGUAUAUCCGACCAUGUUUCCAAGGAGCCAGUACCUUUGUACACAGCAGAACUGGAGGGCGUAGACAGCACUCUGUCAGUCGUUGACCCUGUGAAACCAUGCCAUGACUCUUCUCCCAAGAAACCCACCCGUAAAGAAGAAGCUAAACCUAAAUCUCCAGUCCACUGCCUGCUAACUGCACCAGCUAAUGAUAAGGAUAUCAGUGGGAUGUUUGACAGCCCAAAUAAUGAUCAUGAAUUAGUUCUUGGUGAACCGAUUUCUGGUUUUGUCAGCAAUACUUACCAAAAUCUGCAGAACAGAUUAGAAUGCCUGCAAACCAUUGCCAAUGAUCUAGAGAUGAAGAAUAAAGAAAUGUCUUCGAUCUUUGGGACAGCAGAUGAAAAAAGUUUCAUACAUGGAUGAAAAGCAAUCUACUGAAUACGGAUUUUUUUUAGAAUGAAUUAUGUUUAACAUAUUCUUAAAUAUAUAACUAAUAUCUGGAUGUGGACCGGUGCUUGGAAACAUCAGCAUAGCUCCAUUAGCUUGAGACAUCAGUGAUAACAUGCUGGUGCUGAAGUUCCCACACGUAAAAAGGAGUCUUAUGGACAUACUUUACAUGAAAUGAAGUUACACAGCAACCUAGGA